GCUCCCCCCACGCCCUCCUCCCUCUCCUCCUUCCUCCGCGUCUCCGCCGUCCCGCGCGAGCCCGGCGCCUUCUUCGCGAAUUCCUAGGACUAGGGAGGAGGGACACGCCGUGGGCUUCCCUCUCUUACCCUUUGCGGCAUCGUCGGCUCGCUCGCCCCGCCGGCGAGCAGGUUUGGAGGUGGGGGCCGCGGCGGCCGGCGUUCUUCACGGGUUUGAGUGGAAUUGAAGGGAAUGACUGGCUGUAGAAGAGUCCAAGCCUCCGGCUAUCAGCUUUACUGCCCUGCUUGGAGUUGCCUGGAUAGCUGGAUUGCAAGCUUGUGUCCACGUUAAAGUCUUGUUCUUUUUGAGUAACCAAACAUGGGCUGGAAAAGGAAGAUGCAUCAUGGAGGAACAUGCCAUCAAGAAAAAUCCUGUCGUUCACAUGGUAAUGAAUUGUUUGCCAUAGACGAGCAGGUUUCCCAUCUCACUAGGCUUAAAUCUGAGCCAUGUGAGAGGACUCGUGCAUCCCUUUACGCUGGAGAAAAGAGGCCUAUCUCAACAUUCAAGAUGUUGUCAGGGAGAGAAUCCAACUGUUCAGGGAUUGGUAGAUUCUCUUCAGCUGAUUGCUCUUAUGCUCUUGGGAAACACCUACCAGUAAAAGGCCCUUGGUGUGUUGAUGAUAUGGACAGUGAAGCAUACAUAUCUCAAUUCUCUGCAGAUGGUUCCCUUCUCAUUGGUGGGUUCCGGGGUAGCCAUAUCAGAAUCUACAAUGCUGACAAGAAGUGGACGAUAUAUAAGGACAUAACCUGCAAAAAGCUACGUUGGACAAUUUCAGAUAUUGCUCUUUCACCUGAUCAGCGAUACUUAGCUUAUUCCAGCCUAUCACCUACCGUUCAUAUGGUAGAUGUCCAGAAUGCCGUGAGAGAAUCGCAUGCCAAUAUUACGCAAAUUCAUGAAGGCUUGGAGUUCUCUAAUGAUGAUGAUGGGUUCUCCUUUGCCAUAUUUUCUGUUAAGUUCUCAAAAGAUGGCCGAGAACUUGUUGUGGGAAACAACAAUGAAUCAAUAUGUGUCUACGAUAUUGGAGCAAACAAAGUAACAGAACGCAUUCAUGCUCAUUCGGCUGAUGUCAAUGCAGUCACCUUUGCUGAUGAAAAUAGUGACGUCUUAUACUCUGGAAGUGAUGAUAGCCUCUGUAAGGUCUGGGAUAGGCGCUGCAACAAGAGAGGAAAACAAGUUGGUGUUUUGACAGGGCAUUUAGAUGGGAUUACAUUUAUUGAUAGCCGUGGAGACGGACGCUAUUUUAUUUCCAACUGCAAGGAUCAGACUAUUAAACUAUGGGAUAUCAGGAAAAUGUCAUCUACUGUGAAAGACUGCACACCAAAAGCAUAUGAAUGGGAUUACAGAUGGAUGACAUAUCCCUCAGAAGCUCGAUAUUUCAAGCACCCGUAUGAUCAGUCCCUGUCGACAUUUAGAGGCCAUUCGGUGUUACGAACACUAAUUCGUUGCUAUUUUUCCCCAAUACACAGCACGGGUCAGAGGUAUAUAUACACAGGAUCCAGUGACCAAUGUGUAUAUUUUUAUGAUGUGGCCACUGGCAAAAUUGUUGAAAAACUCAGAUGGCAUGGAUCAAUAAUCAGGGAUUGUUCCUGGCACCCGUACUUUCCAACGCUUGUUAGCUCUUCUUGGGAUGGCUAUCUAGUCCGGUGGGAAGCAACAGAGGACGACAAGGACUCCAUGCUCAAGACUGGAAAGCAAAGGAUGCAUCCAGAGGGGUACACAUUUUCAUUCGUGUUGUAGCAAAUCCCUGUAGGGCCUCAAUGCUUGGACGAUGUAUGCAUGUCGAUGCUGCUUCACCGGAGAAGUCAUUUUCUUUCUCUGUGCUUUCUGGUUCAAGUAGCAACGCGUUGUUCAGCCCGUAUAGAAAUUCACAAAAUCACUGUAACAAGCUUACAAAUUGCAAAGGUAGCGUCAGUCAUUUGCAGAUGGAUGUUUUUGUUUCUCUUUUUUUCUCCCAUUUGGGAUUUCGAUGGCCUUGACUACAUGUUGGUGACUGGCAUCGUGCUCGCUAGUACCAUAUUAUGUGUAUAAUGUAAGCCAGGCUUGGACAGUGCUCCAAAAUUUUGGAUGCAACUAUGUACAGUUCAAAAGAUGAAUAAAGUGAGGAAUCUUUAA